AUGCAGAAUGAUGCGUUCAUGCACGUUCGGAAGAUGUUUCCUGAUUUAAGUUCACAUCGUCAUCGCGAUAUGAAAGUAUCAGUAGCAACCGAAAUAAAAUGGGUUGUAUUUUAUAGGGCCACAAUAACGACUCGAGACGGUAAUUAUCAGCAUACGAUCGGUCAACGCAAAACUUUAUCGUUCAAGGAUGCUAAAAUAAUCAAUUUACAGUACUGCAUGGGAGUGUGCACUCGUCAACUUCCAUGUCAAAAUUCUGGAUAUACAGAUCCGAGAGAGUGUUCCGAGUGCAGGUGUCCCGAAGGAUACGGGGGAACCUUUUGUGAAAAUAUGGCAGAAAGCACUAUUCCGGAUUGUGGUGGUGAACUGAAUGCGACAUCCACUUAUCAAACACUGCAAAUGGAGGGCGAUUUUCAAGCACCAAGUGGUUCAAGUUGUGCAUGGAGAAUUACGGUAUCACUUGAAGGAGGAUAUCGUUCAUUUUAUCGUACUCUUCUAGGCAGAAGCAUGUGA